CACUAAUUUACCUUCCGGCAAGAGACUUCCUGGUUUUAUGGCGAAAUUAUUUCUAAUAAGAAGUUGGGUUUUCCCACAUAACUGGCUUCAUUGAUAAUAUUUCGUUAAUACACUUGUAGAAAAUGUUAUUGAUGUGACAUGGGAGGCUGUUUAGGGAAACCAGAACAGGGGGGUAAUAAACCCCCCUCUUUAUCAGCUGUCAAUGGACAGGCCAUCUCCCCACAAGAUGUGACUAUUAAUGUCAACAAUCCAUCCAGUCCAGUCAGGCCACUGCCUCCACCACCAGGGGGUACAAGUGGUCUGGUUAUGAGAGCAUUGUAUGAUUUUGAUGCAAUAAAUGAUGAUGACUUGUCCUUCAAAAAGGGAGAUAAGCUGGAAGUGGAUGAGGCCAGCACAAAUUGUGAUUGGUGGAUGGCCCGUCACCUGACAUCAGGUCAACAAGGUUAUAUACCCAGUAACUAUGUUACAAAAGAUGAUGAUUCUCCACAAGCUCAAGAUUGGUGGUAUAAUGUGGAGAGAAAAGAAGCAGAUAAACAGCUGUUAUUACCAGGAAAUCCACAGGGAACUUUCCUUGUCAGAGAAUCUGCUGAUAAACAGUCUUAUGUAUUAUCUAUACGGGACCAUGAUACUAAAAUGAAUGAUGCCUGUGUCAAACAUUACAGAAUUAGAAAAAUGGACAAUGGAGGCUUUUAUAUCAGUCCUAGGAGGACGUUUCCUGGACUUCUAAAACUAAUUCAGCAUUACCAAGGUGUAGGAGAUGGUUUAUGUUGUCAGCUCACUGUUCCAUGUCCUAAGCUGCCACCACAAGUCCAGUUCAGAGAAUUAGAAGUAGCCAGAGAAUCGGUCAAGUUAAUGAAGAAAUUAGGGGCUGGUUGUUUUGGUGAUGUCCAUGCAGGCAAAUGGAGAAAUACAGUUGAUGUAGCUGUAAAGACAUUAAAACAAGGUGCUAUGACUGCAGAAGACUUUUUAUCAGAGGCUAAACUUAUGCAUAAACUGCGACAUCGUAAACUUGUACAAUUAUUGGCUGUAUGUACAGCAACAGAACCUAUAUGGAUUAUAACAGAAAUGAUGGUUAACGGCUCAUUGUUGGAUUAUUUACGCAAAGAUGAAGGAAAAUCAAUUAAACUUCCUGUUAUAGUUGACAUGGCUGCACAGAUUGCAGAUGGUAUGGCUUAUCUAGAGACUGAGAAUUUUGUACACAGAGAUCUACGAGCAGCCAAUAUUUUAGUAGGAGAACGCAAUGAUGUAAAGGUGGCAGACUUUGGUCUAGCCAGACUUAUACAAGAAGAUAUUUAUGAGGCUCAUGAGCAUACUAAGUUCCCUAUAAAAUGGACCGCACCUGAAGCAGCUUUUGAUAGAAAGUUUAGUAUAAAAUCUGAUGUGUGGUCGUAUGGUGUGUUGUUAUAUGAAUUAAUCACAUUUGGUCGGGUUCCUUAUCCAGGAAUGACAGGACAUGAUGUGUUGAGUAAAGUGGAGUCCGGAGUAAGAAUGGCUAAACCAACCGGUGGACCAAUACCUUGUCCUGAUCCAUACUAUGACAUCAUGUUACAGUGUUGGAAGAAGUUGGCGGAGACAAGACCAACGUUUGCCUUUCUUCAUGACUUCUUUGAUAAUUACUUUGUUACGGCAGAAGGGUCGUACAGAGAAGCUAGCUGUGAUUAAUGACAUCUCUGCCAUGAUGAUUUCCCUUAUAAGGAGCAUAUCGACAAAUGAUCUUCCAAUACUUUAUAACAUUGUUCAUUUUAUUAACAAGAGUGCAAGGUACUUAAGACAUAGGUCCAUGAUUUGUGGGGAAAACUUGUUACCAUUAAUCUGUUACAGAUAGUAUCUCAAAAGUGUCAAUUAUUUUUGUGUUCAAUUUUCAACUUUAGGGUUAAAUUUCAGAUCAUUUAUUUUUGAUAGAUUUUUUUAGUAAAAAAAUUUUGUACACAAAAUCAUGGAUGUUAUUUUGAGGGAUAAUAGCCUAAGAAAGAACUUUUUUAUAUUUAUCUUGAAAAUAUACAAAACAAAUAGUUUGGAUGUAUUUUUGAUUGGGAAAUUCGUUAUAAAAAAACUAGGGGAGAUAAUCAUGUUUGUCAUUUGUCAUACAAAGAUAUAAACAGUGACUAUUUUGGCUUCUUUUUAGUCAGUAUAUCUGUUUUAUACAUAAUAAAUGUAUGCCAGUUUAUUUUUUAUGAGAUUCUUAAGAUUUUGUGAUAUCCAACAGUUGUAAUGAAACAUUGACUGUAUCCCGGUAUUGAACACUACAGGUGCUAAUAGUGAUACAAGGAACAGUUCCUGUACAUCUUCAGAAAAACAACUGACAUCAAUAAUAUCAGUAGUUGUGAUGAGUCCAGACUGGACAAAUUCGGCCUUAUUAUUGUGUACUGUAUCAGGCCAGUAUUGAGCUCUGACUGGACAUGCUUGGUCUCUUUAUAUGAAAACUUCAUCUGGCCAGUACAUUACCUGAAGAACAAUUUUAUAUAUUUUAUUGAAAUUUCCAGGAGUUUAAAGAUGUAUAGGUCGGAAGUUUUGGACCUUUAAUUUUGCGAAAUGGCCUUUCAUAAUUUUACAAUAAAAGUUUUAACAGACAUUUACAAAAAGACCUUUUGUUUAAGUAUGAGUUUUCUUUGAACUUUUAUUAUGUAACAAAGAUGGACCUGUCUGAAUUACUAUGAGGAGGUCAGGACUUGAACAAAUUAAAAAUAGAUAAAUCUCUGCUGAGGUUCUUUCACUGAUAUGUAACCUCUGCUAAGAUUCUUCAACUGACAUUUAAAAAGGGUAGAUUACUAUGGUUACUUUAUAUGUAUUGAAUUGUUUAUGAAACUCUUUUUUUUUUAAUUUGUAUAAUGGUUGUGAUCAAUUAAUGAUUAGUGGUCUAUGCAAUUAUUCCAUGUGAACAAGUGCUUUGGUUAUAUUUUAAUAGAUUAUAUUUUUAUCUCAAGAAGUUCAUAUUUAAAAGUUUAAUAUAAAAGAAAAAUUAUAAAAUAGAUAUAUCUUUUUUUGUUUGCAAUGAAGUACUAAUUCAGUAGUAUCUCCUCUGCAGGACAGAAGACAAUGUUUUGGUUCAAUCUGAAAAUUUUCAAAAGGAUUUUAUAAAUUUUAUUUCAUUGAUUUUUGUAAAUGAGCAUUUUAUAUUGUGACAUCUAUCAUGAUAUUUUUAUAGGAACCAUUGCUACAUCUAUCAUGAUGUUUUGAUGGGAACCAUUGCUACAUCUAUCAUGAUAUUUUAAUGGGAACCAUUGCUACAUCUAUCAUGAUGUUUUGAUGGGAACCAUUGCUACAUCUAUCAUAAUAUUUUGAUGGGAACCGAUGAAACAAUGUUUUCUCUUAGCACUAAUGAAAACCAACACAUUCCUUAGUUAUUUUAGGAAAUGUUAAAUGUAUUGAAUUUAUUUACACAUUAUUAUCAUUCCAUGCUGUGUAUAGCACACUUUUGUCAUUCCUGAAAAUAUUUGUUUACUAAUAAAACACAGCCACACAUAAAAGUGUUUGGUACUUUUGUAUUGAUUAUAUAGAGACAGCCACGAUUUGAUAAUCCUAUGAGGUUACAUAACAAUUUUAAAUAUUUUUGUAUUAUUUUUGUUUAUAUAUUUUUAUGAAAAAACUCAAAAAUUAAUAAAGACCUUAAAUUGCCACAUGGAGUUACAAAUAAAAAUAUGUUGUUUAAAUGUCCUUUAUAACAAUUGACAGAUCUAUUGAUUUAAGAUUUACGUGAACAACAGUGCUCUAUAGAUGUUUAGAUCCUGGUCCUUUAGUCUCUUGUGAAUAGUCGUAUCAUUUCCAAUCAUACCACAUCUCCUUAUCUGUAUAUUAAUGGAGAAAAUUUACUUCCAUCCCCAUAAAUAACAUUCCAGGACCUCAGUGUCCUCACAAAAUUCUGGUUUUUUUUCCAAUCAUUUUUUCUAAGAACAAAAACAUUCCCAUAAGGAAAUACAUAAAUAAAUACUUUAACCAUAAGGACACAAAUGAUGUUGUUUAUAACAAUAACAAACCAUAGAAACACACUUUUCUCUAUGGAAAAAUUCAUGACAUACACAGAUAUGCUAUGCAAAUAUUGUUUUACUAAAUAAGUGGUCAUGAGAAACUAUAUGUAGGCAGUUAUAAAAAGCUCGAAUAGGAUCCUGCUUGAGAGUUCAAUGAAGAAAACUUGUUUCUUUUCACAUAAUUUGCAUUAAAUUUUCUAAUCAACUCCAAAAUCAAUAUUUUAAAAGUAUUCAGUGUCCACUCUUAUCACUGCAUUGAGCCAAUUCGUGUUUUUCAUAUUGUAAUUUUAAUAUGUUUAUUUAGCAUAAUUUUAUUGUAUUGUUAACACUGAAGAUGUGUUAUAAAUUUUAUACACCUUGUUUAUUUUGUAUAUAACAUGUGCAAAUGAUUAUGGUAAUUUUUAUAUCAAAACAAGAAAAAUUUAGUAAUUAACACCCACCUAAUACACAUCAUGUAUACAAUAAUGUAGUUCUGAAAGAAGAAUUCCCACCUUGAUUUUCUUAGGGUAAAAAUGAUGAUUCAAACUGGUUUUUGUACUAAAUGCAAUAUCAUUGUGCAAUCAUCAUUUUAUGUAAAUUUAUAUACAGCUUUUUAUUUACAACUUUUAUAAACUUGGACCAAUUUAGCUUGAAAUACCUGUCUUUUUUUGUUGAAGACUUAAAGUCUUUUGGUUAUGUUUGUCGAUGGGUUGCUGUCUUCUCUACAUUUCUUUUUAUGCAUAUGUAUCUGAGAUAAGUUAACAUUCCAUUAAUAAUAAACCAAAAACAGUUUUGAUAUCUAGGUGAUAAAGUUUGAAAAUUGUCUCUGUUUAAAUGUAAAUCUAAAUAUUAAAUAUAUAAGAAUGUUUUUGAUAGUGCAAAUUAUGUCAAAUGAUUUUUUUAAUAUUUUUUUUAUAAGAUACAUUCCACAAUCAUAAUUUCCUUGAUUGCUUACAGCGGAAAACAAAAGUUUUUUUCACAGUUUAAUAUGUUCAGUUUGAGGGACAAAUUUCUAGCAAACACUUUGACCUUGAAAAUGUCUUUGUCAAUUGUGGUUCAUGCUUUAAUGUGAUUGACACAUGAGAGUCAAUGAGUUGUGAUAAUUUAUAUAGAUUAUGCAGAAUGUAGCCCAUAGCUUCAUAAGGUUUUCCAUAAUUUUUAUAUAUUUUUUUGACUGGAAAUAUUAUCUUUUGGACUUGUAUUUGUUUUUCUCGUGUGAAUUAUAAUCAGGAUAGUUCUUUCUUGUAGACAAUCUUUUCUGUUCAUUUCAUAUUUUAUUUCUGAUUCUAGCAGAUUUUAUCAAACAAUAGAUACAAUUUUUGUAUAUAUCACUAGUUUAUUAUUUUGCAAUCAAAUUCCUAUGAACCAUGUGAAUAAUACCAUACAUCAUAAAUAUAAAAUAAACAUCAUUAUUAUUAUUUGUUUAUGUCUUGUA